AACCUUAAUUACGAAAAUAAAAAAAUGGCUGUCACUGCUCUUCGCGCUCUUAAAAGUUCUAAUUUAGCAGCUAUUAGGAACGCGUAUUGUUUGACUUCUAUCGUAAGUGUUUAGUUGUAUAUUUUUGAUAUUUUGAUGAAAAUUUUUAUAAAAAUUAACUACUCAUGGGUUACCUAUUAUUGUGCAAUGUGUUACAACCUCCCUAGAGGUCGACUAUCACGACUACUUUUAAUUCAAAAUUAAAUCUUUAGUAAAUAUACUGUCAAAGAACAUCUAAGUAGGCAAAGGUCGAUGGCUAGUUCAGCUGAUAUUGAAGCUAUAAGCUCUUUAAUUGACCAAUUGAGAGUUGUAAAGCAAGGGAAACCAACAAUUUAUGAAAUCGCUUACAAAAUCUUGAUAAAAGGGAAUCUCAAUCAUGAAAUACAAGACAAAGAAAUGCUUUUGUACAGAAGAAUUUUGCAAUUUGUUGGAAAUUCUUCAACAUUUGAUGAAGAGAGCAUUUUAUUAAAAUUAUUUCAAGAGAACUUCAAUCAGAUCACAUUAAUUGAGGAUACGAAAUGUAUUAUCUACAUUCAAAUGAUGACGAAUAACUUUAUUGAAAAACUCCUCAAAAUGGACAACUAUCUUGAACAAUUAAAACCUAUUAUGGACUUUAUUUUUAAAACUUGGGAAUGUUCAGAAUGGGCAAAGUAUGUUAUAGAAAAAUGCUGCGCCAACGAAGAUUUUCUCAUGUUAUAUUAUCCAACAAUUGAAAGUCAAAAUAGAUAUAUACUGCUUGAUAUGAUGAUUUGCCAAUUGGAAAGUGACAAUGAACCAUUUAUUCAUUUGAAAAAUGUACUAUUUGUAUCAUCCCAAUUUACUGAUCUUCAAAUAACUUCCGUCGAUAUUUUGACAUAUGCAAUCUAUUUAAGGAAGUAUUUGGAAAUAUUAUGUAAAGCAUCAUGUAUGGAUAAGUAUAAUAUGCUGAAAGAGGAGAAAAGCUUACUUUUAAAAACUAUAGAUUUUCUCAAGUUUAUUUAUGAGUGUUCAGAAUCAGGAAAAGAGGAGUUUAAGACUAUAUCGAAAUUGUCUGAAUUUGACAAGGAAUCAGAUGAUUUUCGAGUUCAUGGCUUGAAAAGAGAUCUAAUAAGAUUAAUAGCGAACUUUGUGUAUAAACACAAAACGAAUCAGAAUCUUGCUAAAGAUGUUCUGCCGAUUAUUCUUUGUCAUACGCAAGUAGAUGCAAGAAAUCCCUUUUGCCAAAACUGGGCUAUAGUGGCUGUUCGAAAUUUACUUGAAGAUAAUGACGAAAACAAAAGCUUUCUAUCAUCUUUAUCUUUGCAGCAAAUAUCACAAGAUGUAAAUGAUUUUAGAAAGUAUGGUAUUGAAGCUGAAGUCGUUGAUGGACGAAUUGUCAAUAAACUAUUUCACUCUUCUACUCCCCGUCUCGAUGAAUACGGAGGACGACAUACGGUCACACUUAUCCCAGGUGAUGGGGCUGGUCCUGAGUUAACAAAUUACGUCAAAACAGUGUUCGCAGCAGCCAAUGCCCCAGUUGAUUUUGAAACUGUAAAAUUGGAUCAAACAGUUACUGAUCCUCGUGAAGUCGACAAUGCUUUUCUUAGUAUCCAAAGAAAUGGUGUGGCUUUAAAAGGCAACCUUAGAUCAUCCAAAAUACCUAGGAUGAGCAAUGUUGAAUUAAGAUCUGAAUUGGAACUGUAUGCUCAUGUUGUGCGUUGUAAAACUAUUCCUGGAGUUCCUGCCCGAAUGGACAAUGUAGACUGCGUAAUUAUCAGAGAAAAUACGGAAGGGGAGUAUUCACAAUUGGAGCAUGAAAAUGCAAAAGGUGUAGUCGAAUCUUUAAAAAUUAUCACUAAGAAAAAAUCUACAAGAAUUGCUAAAUAUGCAUUUGAUCAUGCUAAAAAAUAUAACCGCAAGAAGGUUACUGCAGUUCACAAGGCUAAUAUAAUGAAAUUAGGUGAUGGCUUAUUUUUGGAGUGCUGCCGAGAAGUGGCUAAAGAAUACCCUGAUAUCGAAUUUAAUGACAUGAUUGUAGACAAUGCUAGUAUGCAAAUGGUCUCCAAACCUAAUCAAUUUGACGUUAUAGUGUUACCAAACUUGUACGGAAUGAUUUUAGCAAAUAUUGCUUGCGGUCUAGUUGGUGGAGCCGGUGUAGUACCAGGAUCGAAUAUUGGAGAUAAUUGUGCAGUUUUCGAAACAGGAACUCGAUCAACAGGCGAUAGCAUAGCUGGUCUCAAUAUUGCAAAUCCUUGUGCUAUGUUGUUCGCAUCUUCCUCUCUCCUUGCUCACAUAGGACUGACUAAGCACUCAGAUUGUAUCCGUAAGGCCACAGAGGAAGCUGUCGCUACUGUUCACACACCUGAUUUAGGUGGAUCCGCGACCUCGGAAGAAUUUGUUGAUAAAGUUCUCUCACUCCUAAAAGUACCAGACUUUAAUUAA